CGGACGGCGCUGUCAUGGGCUGCGCAGAAAGGGAAUGUGGAGGUAGUGCGACAGUUGCUGGGCAAAGAGAGUGUUACUCUGAACAUCAGGGACAACGAAGGGCGGACGGUGCUGUUACGGGCCAUAGAAAAGGGGCACCAGGCAAUGGUGGAAGAACUGCUCAAGAGAGAUGAUGUUGAUGUGAACAUCAGGGGUAACAACGGACAGACAGCGCUGUCGUUGGUUGCGGAGAAGGGGGAUGUGGAGGUAUUGCAACAACUGCUAGACAAGAAGGACAUUGGGCUUAACACCAAGGACGAGAACGGGCGGACGGCGCUGUCGUUGGCU